UCCGACAACGUAUCACAUUUUUACUUCACUGUCUCCAUCUAAUAUUUAUAGAAUUGUUAACUCAUGCUGUUGCCGAUAAAGUAGAUUGAAACAUUGGAAACCCGAUUGAAAGCUUAUCUAUGUUCAUUUUUGGUUUGGACGUUGUGCCGCCUUUUCAUUUUGUAAUUUGAUUGUAACGUACGAAAGGUUGUGAUACAACCGAUGAUUAGUGAAUUUUUCUAAUUGAUAAGUUUAUCUGAUAACGCAAAAUGGAACCUAUGGCUUUGGGAUCACCUGUAGGCAGUCCAGCCCAGACACCAGGAAGUCCUGGAACUAAUUCUGCAUAUUUACCUAGUUUUCUUCUUGGAGAUGUUCAUUCGAAUACAAGAGUAAGUAAUGAUUCAUCAAGGUUGUUAAACACUGGUGGGUCAGGUAUGACGUCUCCUGUAUCACACUAUGGUACCCCUGAAUUCCGUACAAAUAGACAAAAGUCUAUGUUUGGAAACGUUACAAGUCCUUCGGAAGGCCAAAUAGGAACAGAAGGUCAUGCUGGUGGUCCUCCUACAAGAGGCCUAUUUGAUACUCUGGAGAUUACACAACAAAUUGGGUCACCUACACCCUUGAAUAACCAAAGUAUUAUCAGCAAUCAAUCAAGAUUACUAGGAAAUAAUGUUGGAAGCAACUCGUUCUUUUUGGAUACGUCUACAAAUGCUACAUCACCUGAAUCCCAAGGCCUCUCUCAGUGGGUGACAGUCUUUGGGUUUCCACCGAGUGCAAUCAAUGCAGUGUUCUCUCAUAUAUCCAGCAGAGUACGUGUAGUAGACAAGCAUGCUCCACCCCAUACUCAAAGCAAUUGGAUUCAUAUAAAAUGCGCUUCGGAGCAAGAGGCUCAGAGAGCACUUUCGUGCAAUGGAAAUAUUGUUACUGGAUCUAUAAUGAUCGGUGUGAUCCCAUGUACUGAUGAAGGCGUUUUACUAGUAUCUGAUAAGGAAAACCACUCUAAAUUGAAUGGAAGUAUGAGACUAUUCCCAUCUCCUGGUAGAAUACAUCAAGGACAAUCUGAUUCCAUCGUACCGCGUACACCCAUUAGAUUACAAAACGCUCGUCCACUUGCUUCAGGAUAUAAUCAACACCUAAGUCCUCAGUCAGUUAAGUCACCAGAAAAUAUUCCACAAAGAUCCACAGGAUUGGUAUCUAAAGCAAUGGAGUAUGUAUUUGGUUGGUGAAACUAGUAUAAUUCCUUUUCAUAAUAUCCUUGAUGAAACAGUUUUUCACAAGUGCUAAACGUGAAUAAUUUUGUACAGUCGUUUUUUCUUCUAGAAAUCAUUUUGCCUUUGCCACUCUUGUAUAUCGUACUGAAUGAAUAAUCUUUUUACUUUUAAUUUUUAACCUAUAAACUCGCCUUAUUAACAUUAUGAUCAUUUUUCAAUAAAUUCGGACUCACUAUCAGCAAAAGUUUACACUCUCUGAUUUAUUCUAUACAAGAAAAAUUUUAGGAAUACAGUAUUGACAGGACUAUAAAAACUUAUAAAUCUUUAUAUUUUAUUAUAAUGAUCACGCGUACUGAGUUUCCUAAAUUCAGCUAUGCAUUGAGCACAGAAUUAGUCCCCAAGAACACAUUUUAAUUAGCCCUUGAUUCUCAAUCAAAUUGGUUUCCGCUACAAUAAUAGAGUAAUCAUAGUAUUCAAUGCAGUGCUUAGUCUUUAUUAACAAAUCAAGUCAAAGCCAUGAGAUUGUAGAUAUUCUUUGUGUUAAAAAUAAACGACUAAUGUCAAUCGUA